AUGAAUGCUAGCAUGAGAAAUGUUUUUCGUGGUAUACGAACAGGGCAACUUAUACGAAGUAUUGCAUCCGUGAGUGCACCACAACGUGCCAAUUAUGCGCUUUUGCACGAUUCUGACUUGUCAUUCUUCGACAGAAUUGUCGGAAAGGAGAAUGUUCGUACUGAUGAUUUAGAUCCGUACAAUACGGAUUUCCUGAAAGCUUAUAAAGGCACAUCAAAAUGUGUUUUAUUCCCGAGUAGUGCAGAUCAGGUGUCCGCAAUACUGCGGCAUUGUUAUUCCCGCAAUAUAGCUGUAGUACCACAAAGUGGUAAUACGGGUUUGGUUGGUGCAUCCGUACCGGUCUAUGAUGAGAUCGUUUUGUCGAUGAAGAAAUUCAACAAAAAUUUCCAUUUCGAUCCUAAUGCGGGUGUUUUAAAAUGUGACUCGGGCUGGAUAUUGGAGGAGUUGUACAAUCGACUGUCACCAGAAGGUUAUCAAAUGCCUUGGGAUUUGGGCUCGAGAGGGUCGUGUUUGAUUGGUGGUAAUGUGUCAACGGGUGUUGGAGGAGUGAGACGACUUCGAUUCGGUUCAUUACAUAAUCAUUUGCUUGGAUUACAAGUGGUGUUAGCUGACGAACGCGGUUCAACUGUGAAUUUUGGUUCGGACAUGCGUAAAGAUAAUACAAAUUUGCACAUGCAUCAUCUGUUUAUUGGUGGCGAAGGUCAGCUUGGUAUUAUCUGUGGUGUCACCGUAUGCGUCGUUCCGAAACCAACUAGCGUUCAAGUGGCUAUGUUAGGUGUGAAAACAUAUUCGGGAUGUCGGGAAAUACUUCGUCUAUCGAAGCAGCAUCUUGGUGAGAUCCUGUCAGCGUUCGAAUUAAUGGAUUCUGAAGCGAUGCGUUGCCUCAAAGAAAAUGAAAAACUUGAUAAUGUACUCACAAGUGAUCCACCUUUCAAUCUUCUUAUUGAAGUGAUGGGUUCCAAUGAGGAGCAUGAUAAAGCGAAAAUGGAGCAUUUCUUGAGUGUAACACUUGAGAAGGGCUUAGCAAUUGAUGGCGUUCUGGCAGCAAAUGCGCAAGAACGUGCAUAUAUGUGGAAAUUACGAAAGACUUUACCAUUAGCGCCUUUGCAUGAUGGAUAUGUUUACAAGCAUGAUAUAUCACUGCCAAUGGAUCACUUCUAUACGUUAUCUGAACUGAUUCGUGAACGUCUUAAAGGAUUUGCAACUCGAGUUCUCACUUUCGGCCAUAUGGCUGACGGCGAUAAUCAUUUCAACGUUUCUGCCAAACAGUAUUCACCGGAAAUCGCCUCAAAAUUGUAUCCAUUCGUUUGCGAAUGGACAGUAGAACACGGCGGCAGUAUAAGUGCUGAGCACGGUGUUGGACAAGAGAGAAGACCGUAUGCUCGGUUGGGAAAAGGAUACGAAUAUGAACUGGCGAAAGUAAUCAAAAAGCAGUUUGAUCCUCACUGCAUUCUUUCACCAUAUAAAAUGAUCACUUACUGA